GGCUGCUGAAAGGCUAAAACAUGUUUAGGGUUAGGAUUAAGGUUAGCCUCGAUUUGAGGAAAGCUAACGUUUCAGAAUUUAUUACUUCAUCAAAAAGUGUUUUUCUAAAACACAAUGCUGUCAUCACACUCCUUCACUGUAGAACAAGUUGAGUUGAUUCGCAGGUUGAGAAACAGUGGAAUAACCCACCAGCAAGUUAUUGAUGCCUUCCAGGCCUAUGACAGAUUAGAGAACGAGCUGGGAAGUAUAUAUUCUGUACCAGUAUCAGAGACUGGAAAAAAUUCAGGGAUAUCAACUCUACCCAUAAAUUCUAGAAUGGUUAAUUCUAGUCAACAUUCAAGUCAUAAUUCUUCACAAAAUUACAAACAUAUGGAAACACAAAAGGCAGAUCACUCUGUAUUUUACCAGCACUUAGAUCAAUCUAGUCAUGGCAUUGAUAGGCUUACUGCUCUUUUGAUGGGAAAUAACAAGGACAGCUUUCAUGAAAUUGUUAGUAAGUUUGUCGGAUCAAAUCCAUCAUUUGAUGCCAAGUUGCAAGCUUUAGAAAUUGGUGUAGGAGAAAUGGCCAUGUGUCAUUUUUUAUCAGGUGACAUACAGUCCAUAGAUCCUUCAGAGAAACUUAGACUUUUGGAUUGGUUUAUGGAGAAGUUGAAAGAUAUUGAUAGUAUUUCUGAAGAUUUUAGUCAACUUGUAAAAUUUCAAGGGUAUUCAGAAGGACUUGAUGUUCAUUUUGUUCCGAGAAGAGAGAGAUUUACCUUCAGAGAAAAGCAUCUGGAAGUGUUAGAGAGGUUUUUUAAACUAGGGCAGUACCCAUCACAGGAAGAGAAAGAGCAUAUUGCUAAUGAGUGCAACAUUGCCAUGGCAACUGAAGCUGCUCGUGAACUUGGAGAAAAGGAAAAGUUAACUCAUGUUCAUGUCGCAACUUGGUUCAGCAACAGAAGGAAAGAAAUUAAAAGAUUAGCAAAAAAAGAUGGAAUUAAUACAGAGCGGGUGAUUCUGCCUAGUCGUGUGAAACCCAGGUUUUCCUCACACUUUAUUCCUAAUGAAGAAUUUUUGGAGGAGCAUCCACCAGCUGUGACAAAACUUUCACCAAGUGUUAAUAAUGUUAAUAGGGACUCUAAUUCAGACUCUUCAGUCAGCCAGGACAGUGUAUUAAACUUUGGGCCACUUAACAAUCUAAAACUGGAACCUGUAACUUUAAUACAUAAUUCAGAUCCUGCCAACAAACCCGACAUGGUGGUUUUUCCUCCCCAGUACUCGACAGAACACAGGCCAUCCAAAAUUUCCAAGUUAUCCAUAAAUAGCUGUAAGCAGCAAAUCAACAAUAGUUUGCAUGCUGUCACUAUAAAGCAAGAAAAUUUAGAUGAACACUGCUAGGAAUUAUUUUUUUUAAAUUGUUUGACUUGCAUAUAACAACCAAAAAACAUAUUCAUUUAUAAUUGUAUAUAUUUCAUUGUUAAAAAGGUCUAUUAUUUUAACAUAUUUAUUGAAGAAAUAUCCUCAGAUUUGUUUGCAAUUAUUUUAAAAUUACUUUUAAAGUAUACAAGUUUUAAUUUUAAAAUCUAUUAUCAUUUAAAUUUGUAUUUGUUACAAAUAAUUGUCUAACAGUUUUUUUUUAACAGUGAUUGCAAAUCUUACAAUAGAUUGAUGUUUUUCAUUGAUAAUUUAAAUAAUUAAUGGUAGUAUGGUUUUCUGAACAUACCAAAUUAUAGUUUAAGAAGAUAAUAGACCUAAAGUUUUUAAACUCAGUUAUCAUUCAGUGUCUCAGAUUUUUAUUAUCUUGAAAACAUUCCCUAGGAAUCAGCCGUGUCAUUGCUGAGAGGUGUGUGUCAAGUGUAUUGUAAUUUAUCAAAAUACUAAGUCACCCAUAAAGUUUGAAGAAUCAUCAAGAUGUGUAGCCCCCUACAUAAAGCUUAAAAAUAAUAAUUAUGAAUAAGAGAUCCUUAUUUGAUGUAAAUAAUAGAAUUACAUUAAGCUUAGCUUGCUGGAACAGGCGUCUAUGACCAUGCUUAAGUGGUGAAACAUUUUUGUUUCCCAUUAUAAAUUGAGCAGGAAUGAUUUGCAGUCAUCUAGUACUUAUUUAUAAGAUUAUCCGGGGCCUAAAGAAGAAAUGACAAUCAGUAAAUGUAAACAUAUUUUCAUUACCUCAAAAAAUUAGCAUAUUUUAAUAUUGUUUUAAGAGAAGCAAAAAUUAAAAGCCUAAUUUUUUUUGACUGCCUUGCAUUCAAUACACCAGUUAAUGAGUUCACGUAUAUUGUUUCUUUUGAGGUUAUAAAAAAUAGUGUUUUUUUUUUUAAUUUAUAAAACACUAUCUUCAAUUUAUCUAGAGCAGUGCUUGAAAAAAUAUUUGAUUAUUGUCCAAUCAAUAGUGGGCCUGCUAUUUGAAAAACAUCUACUGUUCUGGUUGUUGGUUUUAUUUUUGUGAUUAGAGUUUGCAGAUAAGUUGCUAAUCACACUCAAGUAAAUGGCGUUUUUUAUUUUUUUAAAUUAUUGUGUUUUCAAAAUUGUUUUAGCAUCGUGUUAAUUAUGUCAUUUGAUUUCCCCAUUUUUAUUUGAAAUACUUAAUUCUUUUUGCAAAAUGUAUUUAUUGUAUAAUCUGUGAAGAAUGAUAGUUGGCAGCUUACCAAAUCAAUUAUAUACAAAUGAUGAAUGUUGUGAUCAUCCUACGCUAAGAUAACUAUUAUUGCAGGUGUGUAUAAAUAAAUGGUACCACAUAAUAUGCAAUAAAGUUCAUGUUCUUUGGCUAGGUGUCUUAAUAAAAAGGAAUUAUAUAUUGAACCCAAGGAGCGAAUUUGUACAGAAUAUUUUGGUAUAUUUUUUUUUUAUACACUAUUGUAGCAAAUGUUAAUUUGUUAUGUGAAUUUUUUUUUUUUUUUACAAAAAUGUAUUUUCAGAAUGCUUAUAGAUAAGUGAUUUGUUUUAUUAUUUAUUUAUACUGCUGCAAUUAUAUUACAUGGUACCUCUACCCAAACAUUUGAAAUCUUGUUCCUAUUUUAUGUAAGCAUAGAGUGACUUAUGACCCCAUUUUUAAGUAAGAUUUCAACAACUUACAAGAUACUAAUGCACUGACUGAGACUUUUUGUUAAGUUUCAAGUCUUCUAUGCAGGAAAGGAUUGUUUCCUAUUAUUCUAACACUCAGGUGUCAGUGUGGAUUGUUUUAGUGGGCCCCCACAGAGUAUUUUUUAUUCCUUUGACUGGUAUGACUUGCAUCCCAAGGGGCUAGAACCCAUCCUUUGUAUAUUUGGUUUGCUUUAGAAGAAAAAAUUGUCGUUAAUUUAUAUUUAUAUGCAGUUCAUUUAAUUUAUACAGUCAAAUAUUCCAUUAAGAAUUUAUUGUUUAACAAUUGUCAUAUAAUAAAAAUUGAAAUGUG